CCCUCAGUGCUCCGCCGUGCAGCAUGGCCGGGCUGGGUGGCGGCCCUGCCGCUUUCGGGCGCUGCACGCACGCCGUGGUGCGGGCGCUGCCCGAGUCGCUGUGCCGGCAGGCGCUGCGCAGAGCGGCGGGGCCCGAGGUAGACUUCGCCCGCGCGGAGCGGGAGCAUCAGCUGUACGUGGGUGUGCUGCGGAGCAAGCUGGGGCUGCAGGUGCUGGAGCUGCCUGCCGAUGAGAGCCUCCCCGACUGCGUCUUCGUGGAGGAUGUGGCCGUGGUGUGCGAGGAGACGGCGCUCAUCACUCGCCCAGGCGCGGCCAGCCGCAGGAAGGAGGUUGAAUCCAUGAAGAGGGCACUAGAAAGUCUCAACCUCAAUAUAGUAGAGAUGGUGGAUGAAAAUGCUACCUUGGAUGGUGGAGAUGUCUUAUUUACAGGCAGAGAGUUUUUUGUGGGUCUUUCCAGGCGGACAAAUCAACGUGGUGCAGAAAUUCUGGCUGACACAUUUAAGGAUUAUGCUGUCUCCACAGUCCCUGUUCAUGAUUCUUUGCAUCUGAAGAGCUUUUGUAGCAUGGCUGGACCAAACUUGAUUGCUAUUGGAUCAAGUGAAGCUGCACAGAAAGCCCUUAAGACCAUGCAACAGAUGAGUGAUCACCGCUAUGACAAGCUGACAGUGCCCAACGAUGCUGCUGCUAACUGCAUCUACUUAAACAUUCCCAGCAAAGGUCAUGUCCUGUUGCAUCGAGCCCCUGAGGAGUACCCAGAGAGUGCAAAGGUAUUUGAAAAACUGAAGGACCACAUGCUGAUCCCAAUAGCCAACACGGAACUGGAGAAAAUAGAUGGGGCACUUACCUGUUGCUCUGUGCUUAUUAACAAAACUCCAGAAUUAUGAGUUUACAGAGUCCCUCCCUUGUAACUGGCAAUAAUGUUACACACAAGGUAGACGAAUCUGUAUCCACACUUUUAUUGUUUUUAUUGACAAUCUACUGUACCACUGUGCUACUAACCCUUGUUUACAAAUUUUUUGCUUUGUGUAUUUUUAUGAUGUCCUUGCAGAUGGUAUUUAAGGUGGCUGUACAGUUUGUUGGGGGCACAUAACUCUGAAGCAUGUUAGUCCCAUGGGCUAGCAGAAGACAAUUAUAGUGGCUAACCCCCAGCUGUAGUGAUUUAACAUAUCUGUGGAAAUUUUAUGAAAACCAACUAAUUCUCAGCAUUUCAAGCACCUCUGUUGUCUUUACACUGUUCCCUUCUCCUGUCUUUUUUCUCUUGCUUCCUUGCUGCUUUUUUUACUUCUGUGGUCCUCUUUACUUUCAGUGAUGCAAGGUAUGGGGAGAACUGAAGAGAACUCAGUGGGCUCAUGAACUUGGUAUCUUGUGUGGUAGAGAAGCUUUUCAUACACUAGCUGGAACAGUGGGCAGUGUCCUGUGGUCACUGUCUUGGCCAUAUCAUGUCGAUGCUGCUGGGCAGAGUUGUAGCUGGAAUCUGUUCCAGAUGCCAGGUAGCCAUGUUGGAAAAAGCUCCCUCCAAUGGGAGUGUUGAAGAGCAAUGUCUGCCUGGGAAACUUGAAUGACAGGGUAGUGCAGCCACACAAGAUACAUCCCACAUGUUCAGGUCCCCAUUUGCUGCUAAUGCCAUGACUUUCAGUUUGGUGAGAAUGGAAGAGGAGUUUUUUAAAGGCCAGAUUCUAGGGAGAACCCCAACCACAAAAAUGAAAGACUGAGAUGCUAAUGGAAAAAUUAAAUCUGAAAAAGUAAUCUAAAAUAUAAGGGGUUUAAUUAUCUUUCUUUGCUUUUUUAUUUCUAUCUCUGUUUUCUCCUCUUGAAGGCCACUUAGUAGCAAAAUUUAAAGAAAAGGGUGAUAA